GGGUGUACCAAGACAGCAGAAGGAAAGGCUAGACCUUGCAGAUGGCAUCAACGCGAUGAUCUCUCCCGUCGUGUGCGAGCUGGGUGCUCUGAAGACAGCGCCUGUAGCUGAUUGUUCAAGCUUCGAUUUCCUGCUGGAUCAAUUGGUGGAGCAUCCGGAGGAGUGCCUCGCCGAUCCCUUGGCACUCUUUCGUGCUCCCGUUUGCAUGCCUGCGCC